AUGGCAAGUGAUCAAUCUACUCCACCAUUGAGAGAGUUGAGAGACGAAAAUUGUCCCGGUUGCCGGAUAGAAAGAAUCAAAGCAUCGAAAACGGGUUGGCCUCUUCGAGAAAUCGUUAUCAUAUGGAGCCUCGUCUUGUGCACAACGCUGCCGAUAUCUUCUCUUUUUCCCUACCUGUACUUCAUGGUUAAGGACUUCAAUGUGGCGCAACAUGAAGAAGAUAUAGGUUACUAUGCUGGAUACAUUGGUUCCUCUUUCAUGCUGGCCAGAUCAGUGACGUCUGUGAUCUGGGGUCUCAUUGCCGAUCGCUACGGCCGGAAACGUGUGCUACUGUUGGGGACCUCGGCAAUGGUUGUAGCCAACAUUCUGUUUGGGCUUAGUGUGAACUUCUGGAUGGCGGUGUCCAUGAGGGCUCUUCUUGGCUGUCUGAAUGGUUUAAUUGGAACGACAAAGGCAUAUGCAAGUGAAAUUUUCAGAGAGGAUCAACAAGCCCUGGCUUUGUCCACAGUUAGCACAGCAUGGGGUAUUGGAUUGGUCAUUGGCCCUGCUCUCGGAGGUUUCCUGGCUCAGCCAGCAGAAAAGUACCCAAAUCUGUUCCCCCAGGACUCUCUGUUUGGGAGAUUCCCCUACUUGUUACCCUCCCUUGCUAUAUCAAUCAUCACUCUCGCAGUAACCAUUGCGUCGUUGUGGAUUCCGGUAAAGAUUUGUAUCGAUCACAACGAAACAUUGCACUUCCACAAUGAAGAAAUGACUUCAAGAGAUGACCCUUGUGAUGCUCCGGAAACUGCUGAUGCAUCUGGUGGUGAUGGUGAUGGAAACAGAGCAGCUGCAGAGCAAAGCCUCUUAAGGAAUUGGCCUCUGAUGUCAGCUAUCAUUGUUUACUGCGUCUUCUCACUCCAUGACAUGGCCUACUCGGAGAUAUUCUCAUUGUGGGCUGUGAGCCCCCGAAAGUUGGGUGGUCUCGGGUACUCAACGACAGAUGUGGGGGGAGUUCUCUCUGUCUCGGGUCUAGGCCUUCUUCUUCUCCAACUUUCUCUAUAUCCAUACAUGGAGAAGCGUCUUGGACCUAUCAUUGUGUCCCGUCUUGCUGGGGCUUUGACAAUCCCGUUGUUGGCAAGUUACCCUUUCUUGUCAAAGUUCGAGGGUUUUACUCUCAAUCUGUUGUUGAAUUGUGCAUCUCUGUUGAAGAAUAUUCUAGCGGUGUCCAUUUCAACGGGCUUGUCGAUUCUCCAAAACAAGGCGGUGGACCAACACCAGAGAGGAGCGGCUAAUGGCAUUGCUAUGACAGCGAUGUCACUUUUCAGAGCUAUUGGUCCUGCUGGAGGGGGUGCUUUACUCUCUUGGGCAGAAUCACGUCAGGAUGCUGCUUUCCUACCAGGUACCAAUUUUAGAGCCAAAAUUACCUUACUAUUAUUAUUAUUAUUGAUAACAUGUGACAAACUGAAGGACUCACAUUCAGAUGGAUAUUGUUGA